GCGUUGUUAACAUGGUAAUUUUUUUGUCAUUUUAUUUAAUUUUUCUAUCAUGAAUAUGCAUGCCUGCGUGACAUGUUUCGCAAUAAAGCAAAAAAAAAAUAAAAUGCGGGAAACACAGCGAAACAUGGAAGCAAAAGGUAAAAAAUACUCGAAUGUCCUAUAAAAUAUCACGUUACCGCAAAACUUUGUCAGUGAAAGCUUGCUUGUGUGUCCCUCGUGUCAAUACUGUAAGCGCUUGCUGCUUGCAGCACCCCUCACCCAUUUUGCUUUGUAUCAUUGCCUUGUUUCCUGGAGAUGCUGUGACGUAGUCCUUAUGAUUACCUUAAUGACUGCAAUUUUGACAGUCCAAGAUUUACAUUUACAGUAAUUUGAAAAUCGCAUUGCAAAUCCUAUUGCCAGCUACAGCUUCAAUGUUAAAAAUUUUAAAAUAAUAAUUCGGAAACGUUCGGCAGGCUGUAUUAAAUGGCCACAUAUGGCCCGUGGGCCGUGGUUUGCCUACUCAUGCAUUAUACAAACAUGUGGCUGUUUCUUGGUCAAUUAAAAAUAUCAUACAGUAUAUUAAUAUGCACUUAUUAAGUGAGUGCAACGAAGGGUUCUAUCAUCAUGUCAUGUCUUAGAAUAAUACAUCACGGACAGAGUCAAAACCUAACAUUGUUAUUUUUGUAAUUGUCCAACAAGUUAAUUAUUGGCUCUAAGCAGCCGGCAGUAGUGUACCUAAUGUUGUGUCCAGUGAGGGCAGAGAGGAUCAGAGGUGGACAUGCGCAGUCGCACUGGCAGGCAGCCUCAGCUUCUCUCUCAGAUACCAGACAACGCUUUCUAAUGACUUGUUGCUCAUGGAAACUGUCUGUUUUGGUGUGUCUUUCCAGCAUCUAGCGAUAAACUAGGGGGGGAGUGUGACCGUCCAAUAUGUAGCGUCGUGGACCUGUUGCUUAAGUCUCCUGAUGGACCAUCCAACGAUGACCGUCUGUUCGUCACGGUGUUAAUGAUGUUGGUGCCAGACAGACGAUGACAUUUACCAGAGACAUAAAGUCAUAAAGAAAGAGUUCAUCUGAGCAAAUCUAUGAUGGAGAUCAUAGAUACUCAGCGUGCCUUGGAGGCUGUGGAGCGACUUCAAGCCAAACUGAAGGAACGAGGGGAAGCGCCCGCUCAGGAGAAACUCAGCCUGCUGAAGACCGUCCUGCGCAGCCCCCUUUUCCUUCAUAUACUCAGCUUACAGAAGGCCCAACGGAAGCCCCCAGCCAAGGGGAAGGGCCUUUCCAAGUCAGUGUCCAUGAACUGUGGCAAGUGCCCUGGCAUGGGGAUGGACACGAAGCUCAGUCACAGCGACUCCUACACGUGGGCCAUGGAGAACCGAAGGCCCAGCAGGUCGCUCCACAGAGACGGAAGCGUCUCCUCUCUGGACUCGCAGGAUCUGUCCUUUUCAGACAUCUACCCAGACAACUGCAUUCACAUGGAAUCACAGUACUGCACACCCCCUCGAAUAUCCCGAACCAUGUCAAUGGGGAGGAAUCUGUCUGCAAUUGCUCAUGAGAGGCGUCACUUGGAGAUUAUUGAGCUGACCAAUGAUGGGAAGGGACUUGGCUUUGGUAUCAUAGGAGGUCGGAGCACAGGGGUCAUGGUCAAGACUAUCUUGCCCGGAGGAGCAGCUGGACAGGAUAAACGUCUGCGCAGUGGGGAUCAAAUCUUACGCAUUGGAGACACAGAUCUGGCUGGCAUGAACAGCGAGCAGGUGGCGCAGGUGCUGCGGAACGCCGGUAGCAAGGUGAAACUACUCAUCGCCAGGGAUAUCACCAAAGACAACCUGUCCUCUCCUGUCCUCAACCAGGAGUCAAUGGAUGGCAAUUCCAGUAACUUGAAUGAUGACUAUGAGUACAGUGUGCAGUUCACUAAAAACAGCAGGGGGCUGGGAUUCACCAUCUCCAGCUACAUAGGCGACCUAAACUCAGUAUACAGUGCUGGUGUGACAGUGAAGAGCAUUGUGAAAGGCAGCAGUGUUGACCAAGAUGGACAAAUCCAUAUUGGCGAUAUCAUAUUAUCUGUGGAUGGGGUGAGUCUGCAGGGCUGCAGUGAGCAGCGUGCAAUGGAGGUGCUGAGGAGGACAGGCCCUUUGGUCAGACUGAGACUAUUGAGGAAGGCCGUCCGUCUGAGUCAUAUCUUGCCCCCGGUACCUCCCCUACAUCCCCUCCGACACUCGCACAGCUUCCACGAGGGCAACCCCUACAGGGUGGGCCUGAACAAGAUCCACGAGACAGGAAUAUGUUCGCUGCGUGAAAUUUCCCGCCGUGCAGCAUACGCCAACAGAAGACCCCGACAUGAUUCCAGAAACGGAAUGAAACUUACACCAGCAGAGGAAAAAGACCUAAGGAUGCGGUGGCAGCGUGCAGUUGGACCAAGAUAUGAAGUUAUAGUUUGUCAAGUGGAACGUUUCAGUGAGACAAGUGGUCUGGGCAUCAGUCUAGAGGCUCGGGCCGGACAUCAUUACCUGUGCUCCGUUUUACCUGAAGGUCCUGUUGGGCAAAGUGGCAAGAUCAUCACUGGAGACCAAAUACUGGAGGUGAAUGGGAUCCCACUCGUUGGAGAGACACACAAAGAAGUGGUCAACAUCCUAAAGGAGCUGCCUAUGUUUGUUUACCUGGUGUGCUCUCGCAUUCUACCCCCUGCCAUUCCUGAUAGUGACGAGGAAGAGGAGGAUGAUGCCCAGCUCACCCUAAAAGAGCUGCUGGCUGAGUUCAAUGACAAGUUGGACCAGGGCUGUGUUAUUCCCUGUCCUACAGCUGAGGACAUCACAAAGCGCGGUGUGCCCCCCAUGUCGCCUCCUUUGGCCAUGUGGGAGAGAGAGGCGCAGGUGGUAGAGCUGGAGAAAGGCGAGACGGGAUUGGGCUUCAGUAUCCUGGACUACCAGGAUCCGGAGGAUGCCACCAAAACAGUUCUGGUAAUCCGCUCCUUGGUACCAGGGGGUGUUGCUGACCGAGAUGGCCGCCUGCUCCCUGGAGAUAGACUCAUGUUUGUCAAUGAGACUGAUUUGGAAGGCUCCAGUCUGGAUUACGCCGUGCAUGUGCUGAAGUCUACUGGUUACGGCCCUGUGCACAUCGGUGUUGCCAAGCCACUGCCGCUGGAACUUUGCGGCGGCUUGACUCCCAUCUCAGAGAGGAGCACGCGAGCAUCCUGCGAUGACAACGAAAGCCACACUCAGGUCAGCCUGCUAGCUGAGCCAGCCGAGGCCGGACCUUGCAACCUGGACAACAACAACAUCAUCCGGCCAUAUUACAACAACACGGAAAUCCAGCCGCAUCAGCGUUUUGGCACCAUGGAUGACAACGACACACAGCCAGCCCCUCCGCUGCCCCCUCGCACAAACUUUGAGAAGACAAUCACUGUUGUCCGGGGCAACCGUAGCCUUGGGAUGUCGGUGAGCGCUAUCAAGGACGGCUCAGGCAUGCUGGUGCGCAGCGUGGUCCCUGGGGGCUCUGUCAGCCAAGAUGGCAGAAUCGGGGUGGGUGAUGCUAUCUUGGCAAUCAACAAUGAGUCUACGUCCAAUCUGACCAAUGCCAUGGCCAGGUCAAUGCUACGUAGACAGUCUGUCAUUGGACCAGAGGUCAGUAUAACCUAUGUACCAGCACAUCGUGUGGAUGACCAUCGUACCCGCCUGUGUUUGCCUCCGCUGGCCUCCAUCCCAGAAGACGCCCCUUCCUCCCCCAUCCCAUCUACCCCAUCUCCAGAACCAUUGUUGGCCAGAUCCCCCAGUCCAGUCAAACCCUCCUCCACUUCAAUCCAGUGUAAAACUGUGGGUCCGGAUCCAGCCCCAGCCAAAACUUUCUUAAAAGUCCCAUUAGAAGAUCCAGCCAUAGUCCCUGGAGUGAGCCCUGCAGCUCCAGACUCGAGUGGUCAGAAUCCAAAAUGCUUACCUCACAAGAAGGAGGAAAAGGAAGAUGGACGGACGGUGCCGGAGCAGAAAAAGGAGGACAGCAGUGUGGAUGGUAAAGUGGUGAUAAAGGUGGAUGGAAAUGAAGAGGCAGAAGGUGAUCUCCGUCCUUACUACCCGUUGUCUUGGGAUCAGCCUAGAAGUGUGCGUCUCACUCGAGCUCCAGGCCAGUCUCUUGGUAUUAGCAUCAUGGGAGGCAAAGGCAUGGGCCAGAGGCUGAGUGGUGGCGAGAUGAUGAGGGGCAUCUUCAUCAAGCACAUCAGCUCUGAUAGCCCGGGAGCACAUAACGACACUCUCCAGGUCGGAGACAGGAUACUUGAGGUGUGCGGUGUGGACCUGAGUGAUGCCAGCCACGAGCAGGCGGUGGAGGCCAUCCGCAGAGCAGGAGACUCUGUGGACCUGCUGGUUCAGUCCAGACAGUACGGAACACAGUCCCUUUUGCUUACUAACCACGCGGGACGAACACCAACCCUGCAGUCCAACUCUGACAUCAGCCAGGCGGUACAGCCUUUCAGUGGUAUCUUCCUUAGUAUUUCCCCUACAAACCCCUUCAUUCCUACUCCUUUUAAGGUACCUCAGCAGACUCAACGAAGCCGCGUGACUGUCAAGGCACUAAACUUGGCGGCCACUGAAGACGAGAAGAACACUGGCAGAAAAAAGAUGCUCCAGCGUUAUGGCAGCCUGUCAGGGAAGCUCUAUAUGAUUGAGCUGGAGAAGCACCCUGCAGAACAUGGUUUGGGAAUACGCCUGGCAGGCAAUAAGGACGGCUCCAGGGCCCGCAUGAGUGUCUACGUGGCUGAUAUAGACCCUCAAGGACCUGCUGGUUUAGAUGGGAGGAUAAGGGUGGGGGAUGAGCUACUAGAGAUCAAUGAUCAGAUCCUGUACGGCCGUAGUCACGAGAAUGCUUCCACCAUCAUUGACAACGCUCCUUCCAAAGUCAAGAUCAUUCUCAUCAGAAAUAAUGCGGCACUGGGUGAAACAGAGGUUAACAACACUGUCAGCAGCAAGACGGACUUUGGAGAUCGGAGAGGAUUCUCUAGAGACCAGAAUGUCAUCCCACUACAGGAUAAUGUUGACAUUGGCUUGUGUCUGGCAGACGAGGGAUCCAAGGAUGAACUGGUGGUCAGGUCACAACUUCAGCAGGGCGCAAACAGCAAGGAUGGCAGAAUGAAGGUUGGAGGCAGAGUGAAAGCAGUUCUUGACGAGCCUGUGACCCGACUGUCUGUGGAGAAGACCACUGUCAAACUGUCUGUCAGCCACCCCGAGGCUGCCUCCUCAUCCUCCACGUCAAAGUCUCAUCACACAACUUCACCCCUUCCUGACUCCUGCAACUCCUCCGCCUUAGCCCUCAGUGCUAAGCAGGCGUCUGCCAAGGAGUGUAUUGAUUGGCUAGCAUCCACUUCAGCGACUGACCCUCUCCACUGCCCUGUUGUACCUGGCAAGGAAACCACCAUUGAGAUUUGUAAAGGAAAUGUGGGACUCGGUCUCAGCAUUGUUGGAGGAUGUGACACUCUGUUGGGGGCAAUAAUAAUCCACGAGGUGAAUGAUGGAGGAGCAGCACAGAGAGAUGGAAGGCUGCAGGCUGGAGACCAGAUAUUACAGGUCAACGGUAUUGACCUGAGGCAGGCCACACACGAUGAGGCGAUUGCAGUACUGCGCCUGACCACCCAGUGCGUUGACCUGCGUGUGUUCAGGCACCAGGAGGCCUACAGGGAGGAGGAUCUGUGGGACGUCUUCAGUCUGGUGCUAAGGCCUCAUCCUGUCAAGGGCCUGGGCUUCACCACUGUGGGGAAAAGUAAUGACACCGGCAUCUUUGUGUCAGAUAUCAUCAAAGGAGGCGUAGCGGAUUCGGAUGGCAGGUUGUUGCUGGGUGACCAGAUUCUGUCAAUCAACGGGGAGGACGUCCGUGCAGAAUCACAAGAAAAUGCAGAGCGGCUUCUGCAGAAUUGCAGUGGAGUGUUCCACCUGGAGAUGGCUCGUUUUAAAGCUGGAUUGCAGUACCCAGACCGGAAUCAGGAGUACUUUAAGUUGUGUUUUAUCCAGAGCGAAGACUCUGACUCCUCCACUCUGACGUCCUCAAGUGGAUGCAAUGCUUCUGUCAGCCAACAGAGGACGACAGAGAACAGAAAAGGGGGUCAUACUUUUGAAGACUACCCUGACUACAGAAAAGUAGUUAUAAAAAAGGGUCCACAUGACUCCCUCGGCAUCAGUUUAGCAGGAGGAGUGGGCAGUCCCCAUGGCAACAUACCUCUUUUUAUUGCUACCAUGGAUACCAAUGGAUCAGCUGCCAAAACACAGCAAUUAAAGCCAGGAGACCGGAUCCUGAGUAUAAACGAUGUAUCCAUGGAGGGAAUGUCUCACAUCCAGGCCACAGCCUUGCUCAAGAACGCCAUUGGCGCCGUCACCAUGCAGGUAGACGCUGUGGCAUCAGGACGCAGCCCUCAUGAUCCCAGGGGUGCACAUGAGCGAUCAUCAGGCCAGCCCAGCAGUCUGCCAUGCUUUCACAACAACCUCUGCGCUCGAAUGUACAAGACAGUGAGUCUGGAGAGAAGCUCCUCAGGCCUGGGCUUCAGCAUCGUGGGAGGAUUUGGGAGCCCUCAUGGAGACCUGCCCAUCUAUAUCAAAACUAUUUUCAACAAGGGGGCAGCCAUCGAGGACGGCCGACUGAAACGAGGCGAUCAGAUCAUCGCUGUGAACGGCCACUGUCUAGAGGGGGUAACACACGCUGAAGCUGUGGACAUCCUUAAGAAGACGAAAGGAACUGUGGUCCUUACUGUUCUCUCAUGAGAUUGUCUACCAUUUUAGCACUUCAUUCAUAGCAGAACUGCCUCACACGGACCAAAAUACUCUAGAAUAUAAUGUUGUAGAGAGACGUUUUUUGUAUUUUUUUUAUUUACUAUUUGUCAGCUACCUCUAACUGCUAACACAGCAUGGAUACAUACAGUAUACAGUUCAUGUACUCCAGAUUACCACUGUUACACAGCACUCCAUGAAGAUGAAGCUCAAAUAUCUAAGAAAUAAUCUUUCUGGUUUUGAAUGGUAACCAACACAAGGUGGCCUACCGAGCAGUCAUAUGGCAUAUAUGGUACAUAUACUACAUGUAUAUACAGUAUGGUACAUUUCUUGUCAGUACUCAAACUAUCUUCUUCAAACUUUUAGGAGUCACUGUUCAAGGCAGCAAUGAUGUCUGAUGCCAUGUGGCUGAAGGAGCAAGGGUCAAAGUUCGGGUGGGUCGGUGCAUGUUUUUUGUUGGUCCAACUGUCCACUUUGCAUGCUUUCGAGAUUUGAUUCUACAGUAUGUGUAAAAAUCAAAUACCUUUAUAGGUUUUAAAUGCACAGUCAUCUCUAGUUACUUUGUGCUUCGAAUUUUGUGGCUUCAUUCUGUCAUGGCUUUUCAAAAAUAUAUUCAGAAGUCAUGCUGGUUUGUGGUUAAGGUAAGGUUAAGAUAAGGUCUAUUAUUAGUAAAAAAAAAAAAAAAAAGCAUAUUGGAGCAAAUUUUUAAUAUUUUUGGAUAAAUUAAUAAAAAUGACUAAAUGAACUAAAAUAUAAAGCAUUCAGAAGAAGCAUUCAAAAAUAUAUGAUAUGUAGUAUUGUCACCUGUUAGUAAUGUCAAUGUAACAAUUGAGACACACAAGCACUUGGCUUGAUUGCCAGAACAGGCUUUUAGAAUCCCUAACACGGGCUAAAGUUGUGGCCGUAACCCACGCCAAGCUAAAACUCAACUCUGAGCCCUGACGUCACUUCCUGUCCACCUACCAUUCUGCUCUCCUAGCACCGGAACACAUUUAUAGCAACGCACACGAGGACGAGUAUUAUUUAUGUCUUAAAUGGCUUAUUUUUACUUAUUGUGAGUGGUAAGGUGACUAUAGGGGUGUUGUUUCUAAUCUAAAGGGCUCUAAUAAUGUUAAAACUGCAUUUAGAAGGUCGUGAACAGGUUUUCUAUGCUCUAACUGUGAAAAUAUUUGAUUUAUAAAUAAGGAAUCCUAUAUCACUGAAAUUCACUUAUCACGGUUGGGUCUGGAACCAAUUAACGAGGGAUUACUCCAGUUGAAGUUGUUUGUGGUAGCUGUGCUUAUUGUUUGCAUAAGUUGCCACUCUACAUGCACGCUGUCAUUGUUUUCCCUAAACUGCUUGGCUUUAAGUUGCCACUGAUGCCAUGUUAAUGAAUAGGUGUUCCUUAAAACUGCAACAUGCCAAGUGCUUCUGCCAAUCUUUUAUAUGGCAUUAAGGUUUAAGGACGGGAAAUGUGUCGUGUCUUGUUUGAGGACAUCUCCAAUGUUACGCAGCUCGUGUGUGGGUAGUAUUGUGUUGCUAUUGUUGAUCCAUGCGGUUAUUGUGUCAUGUGCAGGCAUUGGUUAGGAACCAUACUGAUGAUGAGUGUUUUCUAAUUAUUUAUAUAUUCUUUUCUGUAACUUAUUGCAUUUAAUGUAUGUCAUACACACAUUCACACACAGGUUGGAUUCAUGUUACAACAAGAGCUGCUGUAAGUGUUCUUAUUAAAAUGAUCAUUUGUUUGUAAAUGGCAUUCUCUUGCACAACUUUUGUGUAUAAAAGUGUGCAAAGUCGUUACAUCACUGACUUAUCUUUACUUCUGCUUUUUUCUUCGACUGUAUUUUGGGGAUCAGAUUUGAUUCAUAAUAAUUGAUCAUCUCCUGAAACUGAAGGACGCCUCAAGUUUAAACAGAUGUUUACAACAAUAAGACAGAGAAAAGCACAAGUAAAAAGUGAACUUUUGUGUGUGUAUGUGUGUGUGUGUGUGUGUGUGAUUAAUUAGUGGAGAGUCUGGUGACAAGAUGACGUGGUGCAAUACAGUACAUUUGCACACAAAUGUCUCCUUUAAGAGCUCCCUGCAUUUAAUCAAUGCCAUCUGUUCACGUGGCAAGCUUUAUUGAAAGGCAGCCAUGGCAGUCUGCUUCAUCCCUCUCCAGAUGAACAAUCAACUGUGAAGAGCCUUUUAACGUGGAUAAAUGCCAACAUGCUUUAUGCAUUUAAAUGUGGUGUUUUCUGCAUUUGAAUCGCUCUUAUGAAGUUAAAAUUGGAAAAGAAUAGCGUGUGUCUGUUGGAAGCAAUGCAUGCACUUUUGAUUUAGUUCUAUCACGUCCAUCCAACAAUAGAAGUCUUUCUACUCAAUCAUUAGGCAAGAAAUUUAGGAGAGAAAAAAAAUCAGGCGGGACACUCACUUAUCACACAAUCCCUUAUGAUUCAAUGCCUCUUCUCUUUUCUUCAAAAAAUGACUGCCGUCCUGCUGUCACGGCUGCUGCUGUUUUUUUUCCCCCGUCAAA